UACAAAAAUUGCAUGCAUUAUGCAACAGUGAUUUUUCAAGCUUAAAUUCAGUAAAACUGUGCAAAAACAUGACUUUUUAAUAAUUGUUGCUUCAAAAUAUUUCAAGAAAUGAUCAUCCGAAUGGAUUUAUGCGACAGAACUCAUUGGUUCAAAUCCACAACAAAAUGACUGGUGCCGUUGGAAAAUGAGUAGUGUGUAAAAAUGUGUUCGAAACUCUUGUAUCUGCAGUGUGUGACCAUCUUGUUGCUUUCAAUAUUAACGAACGCUACUUUGCGUUUGGCAACAUCCACAACAACAACAAUAGGCGCAGAAGCCGCUGGCGCUCCUGCUAAGCGAUUGACUCGUUCUGGCAGAAUAACAGGUGUUACCACCAAUGUAACAUUGCAUGAAAUAGGCGAUAUUGUGCAACUAUUAAUCAGCUGGGAUGACAAUUUACCAAAAGGUACCUCAUACAAUGUCAUUGUGACUGCCACAAACUACACGAAGUGCAGUGAACCGCCUUGUAGUGUCUACGGUGUUAUUAAGGACACCAAAAGCAUGAUCAUACCGGAGAAUCCAAUGACGCAUGUGGAUCAAAACGAGUGUGGCUUCAUGUUUGGCUGCGAUUAUACAGUAUUAGUGGAAACAUCCAAUACGAUGAUAUCCGAACGGGCGACCGUGUCUGUGCCAUAUUGCAUAAUGGGCGUGUGUUCCUGCCGACAUGCCGCAACGCUACCGAAGGUCUUAUCAUCCGUCAAUAUACCCGAUAAUGAGACGAUCAUCUUCGAUUGGGCGAUAAAAUAUGAGAAAAUAAUGGACAAGCAUAAUCACGAUGCCAUAGAUACAAAUAAGCAUUGGAAAUUAUAUUUAAUCAUCAGCGAACAAACCAAUCCUUCGCUUUCGUGGGGUGGUCGCCUCUUACCCAUCACAGAGCAUUUGUAUCCCAUAAGAAAUGUAACACAGCUUAACACUAAGGGCACCAUGAAGGGUGUCUUCAAAAUACGUAUACCAAAAGAGAAGCAACUAGUUGCCAAUGCUGUGCUCAAAAUUCGCUCAUAUAUAAUAGACGAUCUGCAGUGCGGCGGCCCAGAGCAUUUCUCAAAUGUUACGGUUCCUGAUUUUUUUAAAGUAUACGAUAACAUUGACGCUGCUGACUUUGAUUUGGGCAUUGCCUUAAUUAUUCUCAGCGCGCUUUUCCUCUGCAUCGUCGUUUUGGCCUUGACAUUUUGCUGUUGGAGACGUAAUAAAAUUGCCAAAUUCCAUAACGGUGUUCUACCGAAGGAAGAGCAUUGCCUGGCGCCAUUUUCCACCAUGGUCGAAAUGGAAGACAACAUCAACUACGUCGAUAAAUAUGUUGAGGAGGCACAAGCGAAGGGCUUGGCUGAUGUAUUCGAAAUACCUCACAGCGCCAUACAGAUUGGUCCCGAAAUCGGCGAGGGUGCAUUCGGACGUGUCUAUAAGGCCGUCGCUGUCAACAUACGACGAAUGCGCGGCAGCACCGUUGUUGCUGUAAAGCAACUGAAAAAAAAUCCAACUUCGGAUGAAGUGGGAGAAUUUCUAAGUGAAAUCGAAAUGUUGAAGGGUGUGGGCACACAUCACAACAUAGUGAGCUUCUUUGGCUGCUGCACCAUACGACCGCCAUAUCUGAUGAUCAUGGAGUUUGUGGGUCGUGGCGAUUUGUUAACUUAUCUGCGUACCGUGCGUCAGGGUUCGACAAAAUUCAAACCCAACGGCGACGUCGCCUCGUACACAAAUCGCGAAACAGCCGAGCAGCCAAAGCCGAAGGUGAAAUAUAUUGAAUUGAAAUUAUCCACACAAUCGGUGGAUAGUGAAUAUGAGACUGAACGUCAGCCGAAGACAUCUGUCGCGGAGACAACCUAUACUAUAGUUGAAGACGAGGACUAUAAUGAAACAUUUGAGUAUAUUUUGGAUCACAAAGAGUUGCAUAAUUUUGCGUUACAAAUCGCGAAUGGCAUGCGAUUUCUGGAAGAGCAGGAGAUAACUCAUAGAGAUUUGGCUGCGCGUAAUGUACUCAUAGACGAUCGUAAGACCUUGAAAAUAUCAGAUUUUGGUCUAUCCCGCCAUGGUAUUUAUACAAAUACAAAAACUCGAAAGCUACCACUACGUUGGCUCUCUAUUGAAGCGAUACGUGACAAUAUCUAUUCGAACAAAAGCGACGUCUGGGCAUACGGUGUCGUGCUGUGGGAGAUCGGCACUUUGGGCGCCUCACCAUAUCCAACCAUCAGCAAUCAUGAACUCAUACCAUUUUUGCUGUCCGGCAAAAGACUGGAGAAACCUGAAAUCUGCACGGAUCAGGUUUACGCCAUAAUGAUGCAAUGUUGGGAUGAGAGCGCGGAAAAUCGUCCCACCUUCGAGGAACUCUACAGGGCAUUAAGCCCCAGUGCGGCCUAUGUUGAUAUUAACAGUCUGAGUGAUGAUUAUGUCUUUCCACCGAUUUAG